ACAGAACACAAGAAUUUUUUUUUGCAAUUACUAUACAAAAUGUAAUCUUUACUGUUGACAAAAGAAAAUACAAUUCUUACUAUUAUAGUAACACCAUAGAUAGAGAAUGUCAUAAAGCAAAAAAAUUAAAUAGUAAAUACAAAUCAUUCUUUUUUCAAAUAUUUUUAACAAAUCAUUCUUGUAUAUAUGUACACACACACCCCACAACAUCCCUUCAACAUAUACGCGUCCUAUUUCCACGUUCUCUCUAUAUUACAUUUUUCCUUGAAAACAUCUCGAGGUUCAAAAUCUUUAACCCCUACAAAUCAAGAAAAGGAGACAGAGGAGAAGAGAGAAAAGAAAAACGCAGAAACAAUGUCUUUUUCUUCCCUCAAAUUGCCAAUCUUUCUCAUUCUCUCAAGUCUUCUCCAUGCGGCUAUAGGGGAAAACAUUGUUUGCGAGAAUCUGCCAACAAAUAUGUGCUCGUUCUCAAUAUCCGCUUCCGGGAAAAGAUGUAUAUUGGAGACGGCUAAUGUCGCCGGAGAAUUCACUUGCCGCACUUCCGCAGUGGACGUGGAAGGGAUUGUAAACCACGUGGAGACCGACGAGUGCGUUUCCGCUUGUGGGGUUGAUCGGAAAACCGUAGGGAUCUCGUCAGACUCCUUGAUGGAGGCAGGUUUCGCCGCUAAGCUUUGCUCAUCCGCUUGCUUGGACUAUUGCCCUAACAUUCUUGAUCUCUAUUUCAACCUCGCCGCCGGUGAAGGUGCAUUUUUACCUGAUCUAUGUGAUGCUCAACGGAUGAAUCCCCAGCGUUCGAUGAUGGAAUUCAUCAGCUCCGGCGCCGCACCAGGCCCUGUCUCCGAAAUUGCACCAGGCCCCACCUCCGAAGAAGUCUCAUCUCCUGCUCUAGCUCCGGCUUCUAUGUAAAAUGUUCAUUAAUUCCACAUGUGUUUAAUACUUUAUAUUUAUAUUUUCGAUUGAUGAUGAUCCAUAUAUAAUGGACCGUAUCUUACAUUUUCUAUGAUUUGAUACGGAUAUCAUCAAUUGAUUCAUAUGAAAGAAGAAGGAUACAGAGUGAGCUUGAUUUUUGUUUAUGUUUCUUAAUCAACAUUUCACUGUAUAAUAACAACUUCGUAUACCAGUGUGUUGUCUUGUUCGUUAAAUAAAUAUACGUAUGCCAAGUGCAAUCGCAUAUUUCAAA